UUUCAACUGGAACCGGAACGUCAAGACUGAUUCUAGACAGCCCGACCUCUACGGAGUUUAGAUAGUGUUGAGCCAAAUGUACAAACAUUUCAAUUCAUUCCAAUGUAUAAAAGGCUUAUAAACACUGAAAAGUAUCCUCUUGAUCAUUGGAUAUUAUGCAUUCAUGCUAAAAAUAACCAAUAACAGCAAACAAGUACAAGCGAACUUAUUAUACAUAUGAAAUGUCAUCAUAAACCAUUUCUCUGCACUGGUGGCGGUUAACCUGUAUCAUUUCUAAAUAAAAACAGGGUGUGAAAGAAAGACCCGCAUCUCCUUAAAUAUAAGGUCAUUUAUUCAGACAAAUUAUCCAUUUGAUCCAUUCAGUUGUUUCGAAGUACGGUUAUAUGAUCAUUUCUGCACAAUAUAAUCUACAUGAAGAGAAACACUUUAACGAGUGUGAUCCUCCGGUUCAUGUCUCAGUUGUGACGUUAUUGACAUUUAAUCUGAAAAACGUCAAAGCCAUGAGCGUGAGGCCUUAUUAUGGCAACAGAGACAUGACAUAGACCCGCACUGAAGUGACCAGUCAAAGGAAAACAUAUAAACACUUCUGUGAAUAGUACAAAUGCAAAAUUGAGUCAAUAAACUAAAAUAUUACAUUUCACUCAAAAUUGUCUUCAGGCAAUAGAGAGAAAAACUGUAUAAACGUAUCUGCACAAAUCGUUAUCAAAAAGAGAAAAACCAAAUCACCACCAGAUGGCGAUCACAGUCCUCCAGUAUAUGGAAACAGGAAAUCCAGAGAAAAUUAGGGAAAUGAAUUAUUAGGGAAAUAAAUGUAAACAUAAAUACAUUAACCAUGAAAAUAAUUAUAUAUGAAUACAAAUAAAUACAAAAAUGUACCUGCACAUGUAUUUAAUAAUUGAGGCUUUUAUUUCUGAAUAUCUCUCUUAUUUAUUUGUUAGGUUAUGAGUCAAUAUGGCCGAAUUUUGUUCUCCAUACACCUAAAUACCAGCAUACUAAAAAUAACUAACUAAAUAGUACAUUUUAGAAGACAUAUUGUCAUCUACGUAUUACAUAAUCAUAUUGACACUGACUCAACUAAAAGCUAAUGUACCGAAGAAAUAUCUUUCAAACGAUGUUUAAAGCGAAAACGGAAGUUUACAGACAGGAACCCUCUUGCUCUGGUUUAGCUAGCUUUUUUAAUAUACGUGAGUCGUAUUUAAGGUUGCACAGAUGUCUGAUAAAACUAUGAAACGUCCAAGAGUUGGGGUCGGGGUUCUGCUAACAGACUCAGCCCACCCCGGGUGUGUUCUCCUGGGGAAACGGAGAAGUGCAAUGGGCCAAGGGAAGUAUCAGCUCCCCGGCGGCCACUUGGAGUUUGGAGAGACGUGGGAGGAGUGUGCUCACAGAGAGGUGUUGGAGGAAGCAGGGGUGUGUUUGGUGAACGUCUGCUAUGCCUCUGUGGUGAACUCCAUCAAACUGGAGGAGCAGUACCACUACGUCACCAUCAUCAUGCAAGGAGAACUGGACAGGAAGCAGCCAGGAGAGCCAGAGAACCUGGAGCCAGAGAAAAAUGAGGGUUGGACCUGGACUCCAUGGGACCAGUUUCCUCCAGAGGAGCUGCUCUUCUUGCCGUUAGCCAACCUGAGACAACAAGGCUUCCAGCCGUUCAGGAACAUAAUAACCUCCAGCAUUGAAACUCAGCUUUAAAUGUUUGCAUUGGGAAACUUCCAAAGCAAAAAUACCUCUUCAAAACUCAAUCUCUUGGUUUACAACGGUGGAUGGAUAACAUGUAGUUUCUAAAACAUAAAACACAAUUUAGAGUGGCACAAGGACUUGAAAUGUUUUGAACACACAACACAAGACACGUUUAAAAGUUUUUAUUAUUUUGUAUUGCUUUUUGGCGCCAGAUGUUAUUUAUAUGUCGACAUCGUCAUAUUCAAUUAAAUUAAAAAAAGAUUUGUGGAUAUA